AUGAUCAGUAUUUAUGUUCAGAUUCUUCUAAUAAUUCUAUUUUGGAAUGCUGAUUCUCACAUUAUUCCCAAGAUUGAAGAAUGUGGACUUUCAUGUUCUCAGGGGAUUCAUUGUAAAAGCAAACCUUCCGGUGGCAUUUUUAACAGCUUCUGCCGUGAUGCUCCUGCAUCUUUAUCUUCUAUGGUACUGAGAAGCAUGAAGAUAUCAACAGUGAUGAAAUGUGUCCAAGGAAGCCCAUGCUCUCUUUAUUUAAACAUUGAAGGAACUCUGAGUCUGGAUGAAAAUAUCCGUGGGCUGGAAAUAUGUUCUCUUUCACUGGACACACAACAGUCUCAGUGCACAAAUGUGAGAUAUAGGAAAAAAAGCAAGAUGCUUAAUGGAAAGAAGGUACAGGUACAAUUCAAUUGUGUUGAAGUCAAUGUAGCACAACACAUCUAUGUGACCAUGAAAACUGUACCAAAUUACUGUGAAGUCAAGCUGAGUCAGGAAUACUAUGUUGAAGAUUGCAGAAACAGUGAUGUGGGAAAAUAUAUUCCAGCUUGUUUGGCUGGAAAGUUUGAUUAUAAUGUAGACAGGGCAAGGAAACUUAUAACAGUGAAUGUAUCCAACUUUCCCCGAGAACAAGAUUAUUAUGUUCGCCUGUGCCACAAAUGGUUUACCUGUGAAGAUGCAGGGGCAUUUGCUGUGAUAAAAGGAAAGGAAUCUUUUAAGUCAGUUUCUCUGAAAUAUUCUCAGCUACUCCCGUGUCUUUGCAUUGAGGGUUGGCUGGCUAUUCCAGAUGCAAGAAGGAUACAACUUUGCCCCUUUGCAAAUGAUACAAAGACGCUAUGGGAUAAUAUUGUUUAUAACCCAUCGACACAAACCCUAGCUUGGGAGCCAGCCUGUCCUGUGCUUGUCAUGGUUAACCUAUGCAGAUUCACAAAGUUGAACCACGACUGUGAAGAUAUAGAAAACUCUUCCAAAAAUUCUACCGAGAAACAGGUUAAAUAUUCUCGUGUGGACACUCACCCGAGACUUUGCAUGAAGGUAAAGGGAUUUCUUUUUUACAACCAAAAAGGAACUUGGAUUAAAUGUCCAUUUGCUCAUGGAGAAUUUCCAGCUUGGAAAAUGAGAACUGCUGCAGUUGCAGAGCAAAUACAAGUUUUCUUCACCCAAACCAAAGCACAGUUCUCAGUGCUCGUGUGUAACAGGACGCAGAUGGCCUCAUGUGAAUCUCUUGGGAUGCACCAUUCAGUCUCUGUGGGAGAUUCUGUAUCAAUAACUAUGCCACAGGAAAUGUAUGGGUCAACAAUUUGUAUUCAGGGCUGGAGAACAGAUGUAGAUUAUUCAGUGCCACUGCAAAUCUGUGAUACCUACUGUGGUUUUCACAAUCAGUCUUAUGGUGAUGGAAAUCCAGCAAGUGCCAUGACACACAGGAUGAAGAGUGUGCAGUCCUUGCAUUGAAUUUAAC